AUGAGCAACUUGCCUGCUAACCCGCCAAUUCCGAUGGCUGAAUUCGCCGCCCGACCGCCUGGAGAAGUUCCUGAACCUGCGGCACUUGUGCCGCCACAACCACAGCCGUCUACUUCAGCGCCGCAGCCACAACCAACUACGUCAACCACAAAACCAGAAUCAAAAUCGAAGAAACCACAGAUUCCGAAGAUCAACGUCGAGCAUCCGAGUGAUGAUAGCAUACCAACUCGAAGAAAGAAAUAUUGCUGCUGUUUUUGUUGAAAACACAAAAAAUCAAUCAAUAUCUGUAUAAUAGUUUAUUUUGAAAUGAAGUUUUUCUUUGAGAAAUCGUUUUGAAAGAUUCCAGUUUCUCUGAAAUAACUCAGAACUUGCUGAAAAUGCUGAAAAUUUCACGAAAAAAAAACAAAAAAAUAAAUUUGACUACGGUAAACAUUAUUUAACAGUAUUUGUACAACGAAAUCUGAUCAAUUUUUUGUGUCACGUUAAAAAUUUUUUUUUCAGUUUUUUAUUUUUGUUUUAUUUUGUUUUUCAACGAGAUAAAAAUCUUGCCACGUCUCUUUUGUCAGAAAAUACGUGGCGGCCUUUUGCUUGUUUUUCUGGAUUUUGUCCAGUCAUUGAUAAUUUUUUGCGUCCGGAAAAUGGUGAGUGAGCAGAACAUCAAAAAUUGAAAAAAUGUUUUUGUUUUCAGAUUUUGCUUCAACAGUAAACCAAUACGCGCUGAUCGAAUGUUUUGCCUCAAUUGAAUCUACGGUAAAUAAUAAAUUCCUCUGGCCAGUUCUAAUUUUGAAUUUUUUAUAGCUGGCUUCAGAAAAAUUGGAGUCGGCCGAUUUACGACUAUUAUCAUCGAAAAACCGAUCGAAUGAUUUUGUGAAGCUGACGUUUCAAUAA